UAGGGUAGAUACAAGCUCUUGGUCAAAUCACUAACGUACGAACAAGAGUUUCCUACCUAUUCUUAGAGCAAAGAUUUCUUUUCUCUCGAAUCUUACUAUACUGCUGACUUGCCCGACAUAUUGUGCAUUUUAUUCCUUGUGCAUUUUGUGUGUGCUUUAUUUCUCCGACUCGAUAAUAACAAAGUGUCCAGGGUACAUGGCAGAUCAAACAAGGCUAUGGACAAUACACAAAGUAAGAAUUUGCAGAUCUCCGAAAACACCAAACAGCGGACGACUCGAUACAGUUGUGAUGUAUGUAGUAAAUAUUUUAACAGAAAAUCAACAUUGCAACAGCAUUUGUUGAUACAUAGAGUUGCGAAGCCAUAUAGUUGUGAUAUUUGUAAUCGAUGUUUUAGUCAGGAAGCAUUUUUAACACGACAUGUUUUGAUACAUACUACUGAUAAACCAUAUAGUUGUGAUGUAUGUAACAAAUGUUUUAGACAAAAAUCAACAUUACAACGGCAUUUGUUGAUACAUACUGGUGAUAAGCCAUAUUGUUGUGAUGUAUGUAGUAAAUGUUUUAACCAAAAAUCAAUAUUACAACAGCAUAUGUUGAUACAUACUGGUGAUAAGCCAUAUAGUUGUAGUGUAUGUAGUAAAUGUUUUAGUCAGAAAACACAUUUAACACGACAUGUUUUGAUACAUACUACUGAUAAACCAUAUAAUUGUGAUGUAUGUAAUAAAUAUUUUAACAGAAAAUCAACAUUGCAAAAGCAUUUGUUGAUACAUGCAGGCGAGAAGCCAUAUAGUUGUGAUGUAUGCAGUAAAUGUUUUAAACGAAAAUCAACAUUGCAACAGCAUUUGCUAAAACAUACUGGUGACAAGCCAUAUACUUGUGAUGUAUGUAAUAAAAGUUUUAACCAAAAGUCAGUAUUGCAGCGACAUUUGUUGUUGCAUAGUGGUGAGAAGCCAUAUAGUUGUGAUGUAUGCAAUAAAUGUUUUAGAGAGAAAAGAAAUUUAACACAACACGUUUUGAUUCAUUCUGGUGACAAGCCAUAUAGUUGUGAUAUAUGUAAUAAAUGUUUUAGGCAUAAAUGGUAUUUAAAACAGCAUUUGUUGAUACAUACGGGUGAUAAGCCAUAUAGUUGUGAUGUAUGUAGUAAAUGUUUUAACAGAAAAUCAAUAUUGCAACAGCAUAUGUUGAUACAUACUGGUGAUAAGCCAUAUAGUUGUGAUGUAUGUAGUAAAUGUUUUAGUCAGAAAACAUGUUUAACACGACAUGUUUUGAUACAUACUACUGAUAAACCAUAUAGUUGUGAUGUAUGCAAUAAAUGUUUUAACAGAAAAUCAAAAUUGCAACAGCAUUUGUUGAUACAUACAGGCGAGAAGCCAUAUAUUUGUGAUAUAUGUAAUAAAUGUUUUAGGCAUAAAUGGCAUUUAAAACAGCAUUUGUCGAUGCAUACUGGUGACAAGCCAUAUAGUUGUGAUAUAUGUAAUAAAUGUUUUAGGCAUAAAUGGCAUUUAAAACAGCAUUUGUCGAUACAUACUGGUGACAAGCCAUAUAGUUGUGAUGUAUGUAAUAAAAGUUUUAGUCAGAAAGCAAACCUAACAAAACAUUUGUUAAUACAUACGGGUGAUAAACCAUAUAGUUGUGAUAUAUGUAAUAAAUGUUUUAGGCAUAAAUGUGAUUUAAAACAGCAUUUGUCGAUACAUACUGGUGACAAGCCAUAUAGUUGUGAUGUAUGUAAUAAAAGUUUUAGUCAGAAAGCAAACUUAACACAACAUUUGUUAAUACAUACGGGUGAUAAACCAUAUAGUUGUGAUAUAUGUAAUAAAUGUUUUAGGCAUAAAUGUCAUUUAAAACAGCAUUUGUCGAUACAUACUGGUGACAAGCCAUAUAGUUGUGAUGUAUGUAAUAAAAGUUUUAGUCAGAAAGCAAACUUAACACAACAUUUGUUAAUACAUACGGGUGAUAAACCAUAUAGUUGUGAUAUAUGUAAUAAAUGUUUUAGGUAUAAAUGGUAUUUAAAACAGCAUUUGUCGAUACAUACUGAUGAUAAGCUAUAUAGUUGUAAUGUAUGUAAUAAAUGUUUCAGAAAUACAUCAACAUUGCAACGGCAUUUGUCGAUACAUACCGGUGAUAAGCCAUAUACUUGUGAUGUAUGUAAUAAAUGUUUUAAAAGAAUAUCAACACUGCAACGGCAUGUAUUCAAACAUAUUGAAGACGUGCUGUAUUAAAUGUAUAAUUCAAGUAGGUAUAAGUAUUUGUAAGACAAGAUAAAGUUCAGGGGUACAAAUAGCAAUACCUUAAAUAACAAGCAUUAUGUUUGACAUAUCACGCGAUUGUAUAUAUAUAUAUAUAUAUAUAUAUAUAUAUAUAUAUAUA